GACUAAAAUGCUGGACGGAGGAGAUGCCAUAUCUUAUCUGCGUCAGUUCGCUGGGUAAACAAAUAAACUGAUAAUUUGUAACAUAAUAAUUACUUUUAUCUCAAAAUGAGUUAUUAUUCAAGGUAUCGUGGGCGAGCUGUGGCUGAGGGUGAUUAUUUUUUUCAUAAAUAGUAAAAUACUCUAUUAAGACAAAUCGAUGAGUUGCACUUACAUUCGUCACAAGCUAGUCUGAUCAUGGCAACACUAAAAUUACGGAAAUACGGAUUUCAGAAAUACACUGUCAGUGUCAAUGUCAAAUUUGUUAGCAAAAUGGAGGAAAAGCUUAUUUUGAGGGAAAUUGACUUUAAAAGUGAUAAAUAGAAUACUAUUCUAAUCAGAUUCACUGUGCUAACACUGACUGCCCAUACAUUUUUUUAUAGGCGCUGCCAUGGAAACUUUCUCUGGACUUUAUCUUGACCUUUUCAUUAAAUGUUAAACUCAUUUACUUAUGUAUUUUUGUAAAGUUAGGAAUAUAUUAGGCCGUCAAUUUUGUUAUUUUAUUGUAAUUCACUAUCGUUUAUUUCAUAUGUAACAAUAGCACCUAGUUUUAAGAGUUAGCUGGAGGCUACGAACUCCAAAUCUUAAUUAUAGGCUUAGAUUAGCUAAUAUCACAAUGAAUAUCCAAGUAUGCAGGGACCCCUCAGACGCUGUGGCUCUUUACUUGCCGCAGCGUUUGUAUCUUAAAUCCUUUGCAAAGAUUAACAUUUCUGUUCAGCUCCCCCCCCACAAGGUCCAUGGCAAGUCGAUAUCGAAUUGGGAACUCAUGGAGAAGUUGCGAAAGAUGAUCCUACCUGACAGUUUCUCAACGUUAAAAGUGUCGAAGCAUAGUUCGGAAGUGAUAAGAUUUGACGCGGAACUGGAGACUCGCGAUAAACUGGACAGGGUUCUGUCGCGGCUGGACGAGCGCGUCGUGCAGCUUACCGACUAUCCUGACGCGCUUAAGGUCCGGGUCUGUGAGAGCAAGUCCGACUUCCCUAGCCGACAUGACUGGGACUCGUUCUUCCGAGACACUACAGACAUGGAUGAAAUGAAACCCGGAGAACGGCCCGACACUAUUCACAUAUGUAACUUACCCAUCCAAUGGUUCAUUCAUGAGAGAGAUCAGCAUGAGGAUGCUCUACCUUCAGAGAGUUUAUUUAAAAAAGUGUUUGAAAAGUUUGGUUCAGUCCGUCAAGUGGAUGUGCCAGCCGCUGACCCAUUUAGACUGCAGAUGAAAACUUCAAUCAGAGGGAUCACAACUCCGGUACAGGAUGCUGCUCUGUACUUUGAGGGUUAUGUCCAGUUCAGUGAAUAUCUAAGUUUUGUUCGCUGUAUGGAUGCUUUGAGGGGAAAGAAACUGUUAAGAAAGCGAGAUGAUAUAGCUGAGUGGUGUGGUAUCAAAGUGGACUUUGACAAGACAAAGCACAUGACUGAUGCAGCUGUGAAGAGGCGGGCGAUUGUCCGGGAGAGGUUGUCAGCACGGCAACAAGCAAAGGACAAUGAGGAGAAGGCUGAAAAAGAGAGAGCUGCUAAAAGGGAAGCUAAAGAAAGACAAAAAUAUGAGCACUCCGAAAGAGAAAAGCUCGCGAAAAUGCGAGAACGUGAAGAAAGACGUAAAAAGAAACAAUUAGCAAAACUAAUGCAGAAAGAUAACCUAGACUUGAAUAGCAAAGUUGUGGAAGAACAAAAGAAAUUGAUGAAAGAACAAAAGAAACUGCAGGCGAUACGACUCAUUGAAGAGCUGUUUAAAAGGAUAGAGCUGCGGCCAGAACUCCAGCGUAAUGGGCGAAGUGAACAGUACUAUUACCCAGGCGAGCGGACUGCGCGCGCGCGCAUGAUAGAGAAGUUCAAACGGCAACAGCAGGAGAUACUGGAGGAACAGAGGAAUAAUUACACUAAUGCUCUAAAUGGUCGUAUAGUAAUAAGAACGGCGUUAGAAACCAAAAAACCUAAACGCGACUCGUCCGCCAGCUCUGCAUCGUCAGAAGACAGAGGUAGAGAGAGCAGGGACAACCACAGGAAGAUCAAAAUGGAGCGGCUGACGACACCCGAGCGAGAGAUGGAGUAUAACAAAACUACUGCGAGCCUGUACAGCAUGCCGUACGGUUUCGGCUACCCGUUCGCCUGCCCCCCCGGAUACGCGUACCCGCCGCAAACGGGCGCGAUGUACUACCCAGUGCGCGGCGCGUACUACCCGCCGCCCGCGGAGUUCCGGCGCGGCCGGGGUCGGGGCCGGGGCCGGGGCCGCGGGGCCCGCAUGCCCUACUUCGAGGGCCCUGACGCCAACCAACAGUAUUAUAGGUAUUUCAAGAAGUUAACAGAGAACAACGCACGCAACGAGCACGAAGAUCGAGAACGGGACCGGUCUCGUUCCCGUUCUCGGUCUCGAUCCCGGUCUCGGUCCCGGCGUCGGUCGGCGUCAAGGUCUCGCUCGCGGUCUCGGCGGCGCUCGUACUCGCGGUCGCGGUCUCGCGGACGAAGGUCAAGGUCAAGACGUUCGAGGAGCAGAAGUCGACGGUCCCGCUCUAGGAGUCGAAGAUCCAGGUCGUACCACAGCCGCUCCCGCUCCCGCUCGUGCCGCCGCUCCCGCUCCCGCCGCCGCUCGCGCUCGCCGCGCACGCCCAGCCCGCAUCGCGGCGAGCCCAGCCAGAUGAAAACCGCGGACAAACCGGAAACUGAAUAAUUAUAUCAUAUUAUUUA